GUUACGUAUGAAAUUGCUGGUGCAAUAGAAAAAAAUAAAGAUUCCCUUUCACAAAAUCUCAUAUUUGUAAUGAAAACUAGUGAAAAUAUAGUCAUCAAUCAAUUGUUCCAGUCCAAGCUGACACAAACUGGAUCACUUGUUCCUCCUCAUUCCCUUAAAAUCAAAGGCUGUAAAGCAGCUUUGCUGAGUAAAAAACCAUCAGUAGCCUGUGCAAGUGGAGAAGCAAAGAAAUAUAUUGAGCUCAGCAAGCUCUUGAAAAAGAAAGGAACAUCUUCAUUUCUUCAGAAACUGGAACGAGGGGGACCAACCACUGUGGCAAUACAGCUCAGGAAAUCGCUCACAGAUAUUAUUGGGAAGCUGCAGAACUGCACACCACAUUCUGUUCAUUGUAUAAAGCCUAAUAACUCCAAGUUGCCAGAUACUUUUGACAAUUUUUAUGUGUCUGCUCAACUGCAGUAUAUUGGUGUUUUAGACAUGGUCAAAAUCAUACGGCAUGGAUAUCCAAUACGUCUGUCUUUCACAGACUUCUUGUCAAGAUACAAGGAUUUGGCUGAUACAGCAGGAGGAGAGAAGAAGAAGUUGUCUGCCAAGGAGAGAUGUCGUCUUGUUCUUCAGCAGUGUAAAUUACAAGGCUGGCAGAUAGGAGUCCGAAAAGUGUUUCUUAAAUACUGGCAAGCUGACCAUCUCAAUGAUUUGUGCCUUCAGCUUCAGAAGAAAAUUAUAACCUGCCAAAAAGUUGUCAGAGGAUUUCUAGCUCGUCAGCGCUUGCUACAGAAGAUGAGCGUCAAACAGCAAGAGGUCACCUCAAUCAAAAGCUUCUUGCAGAACGCCGAGGAUAUGGGAUUGAAAACAUACGAUGCCUUGGUCAUUCAAAAUGCUUCUGACAUUGCUCGGGAAAAUGACCGGCUCCGCAAUGAGAUGAACGCUGCUUACCACAGAGAAAAGUUAGAGGCUAGAAGCAGAGCAGAAGACGGCCACAAAAAAGCUGAAGACAAGGGUGGGAAGGUCUCCGAGGACAGCUUUGCCGGCUGUCGAACGCCUAAGCACUUUCAUUCCAGCUCCGUCCCUGUCCCCAUGGCAGUGGACAGCUUGGUACAUUCUGUGGCUGGGUCAUCCAUCAGAUCCCCCUCCCUGCACUCUGUGUUCAGCAUGGAUGAGAGCAGUAGCCUGCCAUCACCAAGGAAACAGCCUCCUCCCAAACCAAAGAGGGACCCCAACACACGACUGAGCGCUUCAUAUGAGGCUGUUAGCGCUUGCUUGUCAGCAGCUUCUAAGGAAACCGCUAAUGAAGUACUGACCCGUCCAAGGCCACACAGUGAUGACUAUAGUACCAUGAAAAAAAUACCUCCCAGAAAACCAAAACGAAGCCCCAAUACGAAGCUUAGUGGCUCUUACGAAGAGAUACCUGGCCAAAAGCCUGGGGAUGUAAAACAGGCCAGUGUGGUAGCUAAACCAGUUGCCUAUGACACUGUGACAGUACAGAGAACAACUUCUGCUGAAGGACCACAACAUGCAGUGUUGAGUCUCUAUAUGUCACAAGAAGAAGAGGAAAAUGAGCCUGUUUACAUUGAAAUGGUAGGGAACGCAAUGAAAAGCAGUUCUGCUGAAGCAGAAAGUCCAGAACAAGGAGAGUCUGUAUAUGAAGAAAUGAAGUAUUUUCUACCAGAAGAAGGAAGCAAUGGUAAUGGAAUAGUUCCAGUAGUGACUGGAUCCCCUCCUCUGUUGUUUGAAAGUAAAAAAACUAUUAACACUGAAGAGGGAAUAUUGGAUGGAAACAGUCAAGCAGCUUUGAUCUAUAAAGAUUCAUGUGACAUUCCGGCCCCUUUCCCUAACUUGCUCCCCCACAGGCCACCACUUCUUGUAUUUCCUCCAACCCCUGUCACAUGUUCACCUGCUUCUGAUGAAUCACCUCUAACACCACUAGAAGUCAAAAAACUUCCUGUCUUGGAAACCAACCUAAAAUACCCUGUGCAGUCAGAAGGCUCAAGUCCAUUAUCACCACAGUACUCCAAAAGCCAGAAAGGGGAGAAUGAAAGACCAGCAUCUCCAAGCUUGGUUGUGUUCAACGUUUCCAGCAAAGUGACUCCUCCUUCUACACCACCUCCUCCUCUCCCACCACCCCCUCCUCCUAUACCACCUCCUAUUUCCUACCGGGCUUCCACACAUUUUGCAUUUCCUCCAGAGACUUGUGCGAGUUUUCUGAUUAAUACAGGGAAGACAGGUACAAACUCAGAUCUGUCAAAAGUACCUCAGAGACCAAAUCCUGCUCAGCCUGGUUGCUCAUCAUCUCCCUUCUCCAAACUGCCUUACUCCCCAAAGGUGGCAAGAGCAGAUCACAGGAAACUGAACUCAAAUUCAUCAUCUUCAUUUUCAUACAGCCCUACAAACUCAAGGUCGUUGACCAGUCCCCUUGAUGAGUUAACUAGCUUGUUCAACUCAGGACGGAGUGUGCUACGAAAAUCUGCAGCAGGGCGUAAGAUCAGGGAGCCAGAAGGUAAGACAGAUUUCUGUGCUUCUCUAUAG